AACCACCUUGCAUAUAUUGCAAGUAUGGCGGCCCAGGCAGCAACUCGCCGAGUCCUCAGACAAAAGUUCGCCGCUCCGAGUCUCACAUGAGAAGGAUGAGUAAGUCACGGCCAAAAGCAAGAAGAGCAGCGCGGCGACAGCGAAGUGGGCAGCGGCCUUGAUGCUGACACAAGCCGGCCGGUGGUCGGCGGCGGCGUCCGGCUGACGGUGCAGUCGCCUGGAUUUUGUCUUCGCCUUCCAAGUUAAAAAACUCUCCCGGUGAGGGGUGAGGAAGGAGCUCGGAGUGUGGAUGCGGAAGUCCGGAGGAAAAGUUAACACCCCGGUUGUUGGAUUAAAACAAAAAACUUUUAACUUCACAGAUUUGGAGGCGAAAGUGCUCCCAAAAACUGCAGCCAACUGUUGACUACUUCGGUGCACUUUCAAAGGAACCAGCGGCUAAUGCUAGCUAGCCUACAUGGCUGCCUUCACCGCUAAACAUCUUACGAUAACUUUAUAUCACCACAUUCCUGUGAAGCACCCCAACUUCCAUUAAUGCAUGUUAAAAGGAGCCACACCGCAGUAGUACCCAUCUACCUCACUCAAACUCCAGGAGGAAGCCAGGGAAAAGGACUCCUCCUGUCUUCCCUCCUCUUACACCCUUCAAUUGUCAGACGCCGCGCGACUGAGUCCAGCUUGGAGCGGUCCGGGCUGCGGCCUGGCAUCCUGCCCUUAUGGGGCAGCAGCCGGGGAAGUUUGUAGGGGACCAGAGGAGACCCAGUCUGCCGGCCUUCAUCAAGGGGGUGAAGAGGGACUCGACGCGCCAUGGGAGCCAGCCCUGCAAUGUGUUUGCUGUACACGAAGCUCUCCAGAGACCGGACUUUGAGGGUCAGGGCCUGAGUGAAGCGGCUCGCUGGAAUUCCAAAGAGAACCUGCUGUCUGGACCCAGUGAGAAUGACCCCAACCUGUUUGUGGCUCUCUACGACUUUGUGGCCAGUGGCGACAACACACUCAGCAUUACUAAAGGCGAGAAGCUGCGCGUGCUGGGCUACAACCACAAUGGUGAGUGGUGCGAGGCACAGACCAAGAAUGGCCAGGGCUGGGUGCCGUCAAACUACAUCACCCCCGUCAACAGCCUGGAGAAGCACAGCUGGUACCACGGGCCUGUGUCGCGCAACGCAGCGGAGUACCUGCUUAGCUCGGGCAUCAACGGGAGCUUCCUGGUGCGCGAGAGUGAGAGCAGCCCCGGCCAGAGGUCCAUUUCCCUACGAUACGAGGGCAGAGUCUACCACUACAGGAUCAACACCGCUUCGGACGGCAAGCUGUACGUCUCCUCUGAGAGCCGAUUCAACACGCUGGCCGAGCUGGUGCACCACCACUCCACUGUGGCCGACGGCCUCAUCACCACGCUGCACUACCCGGCGCCCAAGCGCAACAAGCCCACCAUCUAUGGCGUGUCGCCCAACUACGACAAAUGGGAGAUGGAGCGCACCGACAUCACCAUGAAGCACAAGCUAGGCGGGGGCCAGUACGGCGAGGUGUACGAGGGCGUGUGGAAGAAGUACAACCUCACUGUGGCUGUCAAGACGCUGAAGGAGGAUACAAUGGAGGUAGAGGAGUUCCUCAAGGAGGCUGCUGUCAUGAAAGAGAUCAAACAUCCCAACCUGGUCCAACUCUUAGGCGUGUGCACGCGAGAGCCUCCGUUCUACAUCAUCACAGAGUUCAUGACGCACGGCAACCUGCUGGACUACCUGAGGGAGUGCAACAGAGAGGAGGUCAAUGCCGUGGUGCUCCUCUACAUGGCAACACAGAUCUCCUCCGCCAUGGAAUACCUGGAGAAAAAAAACUUUAUACACAGGGACCUAGCCGCCCGCAACUGCCUGGUCGGGGAGAACCACCUGGUGAAGGUAGCCGACUUUGGCCUGAGCAGGCUGAUGACGGGGGACACCUACACGGCCCACGCUGGGGCCAAGUUCCCCAUCAAGUGGACAGCUCCAGAGAGUCUGGCCUACAACAAGUUCUCCAUCAAGUCCGACGUGUGGGCGUUCGGUGUGUUGCUAUGGGAGAUCGCCACCUAUGGGAUGUCGCCGUAUCCUGGCAUCGACUUGUCCCAAGUAUACGAGCUGCUGGAGAAGGACUACCGCAUGGACCGACCCGAAGGAUGCCCCGAGAAGGUCUACGAGCUCAUGAGGGCUUGUUGGCGGUGGAACCCGCUAGAGCGUCCGUCUUUUGCCGAAACCCACCAAGCCUUUGAGACCAUGUUCCAGGAGUCCAGCAUCUCUGAUGAGGUGGAAAAGGAGUUGGGAAAGAAAGGCAAGAAGGUGACAUUGGGCUCCAUUCAACAGGCUCCGGAGCUUCCCACCAAGACCAGAACCACCAAGUCCCUCCGUCUUCGAUGCAAAAACACGGACAACCGGGAUGGAGAUAGUCCAGGUGAAACCUCCUACCUAAAUCAGAGUAAAAGGAUGUGGGUAGCUGUUGUCACAUGGAUCCUGUCCCCCUCUUCCUCAGACCCGGUGGAGCAUGAGGCCACUGUGUCCUCCCCAAUGCUGCCCAGGAAAGAGCGCCCCCUUCUGGACGGCAAUCUAAACGAGGACGACCGCCUGCUGCCCAAAGACAAGGACAAGACACGUGGCAGCGGCUUUCUGAGCCUCAUCAAGAAGAAGAAGAAGAACGCGCCGCCUCCUCCCAAACGUAGCUCGUCUUUCCGAGAGAUGGACGUCCAUGCCGACCGGAGGGGCGGGUGUCCAGAUCCCCGUGAUGGCGACUGCCUUAAUAAUGGUGGCUCUUUGGCCGUUAACGACACCACCCACGGUCUAGACUCCUUAAGAUUCCUGGGUACCAACAACAACGGGGCAGGGGCCAUCACCAACGGAGCGCCCACCUACCCUGGACCUUUGUUUCCCAGGAAGAAGGGGGCGCCUGCUGUGCCCGGACCACUGGGCAAGGCCGCCAUCACCCCACCCGGUGAAGAGGAAGUCAUGACGAACUCUAAACGCUUUUUUUGGUCGUCUAGUCUCCCUACCGGCUCAGACGGAACCGAAUGGAGAUCGAUCACGUUGCCUCGGGACCUGGGCCAGCGCCACUUUGACUCUGGAACCUUCGGUGGCAAACCAGCGCUCCCUCGUAAGAGAACCAACGAGCAGAAAGGGGACACUGCCCCUCGAAUGGGAACUCUGACCCCACCACCACGUUUUCCAAAGAAGACCGAGGAGGCGGCAGAUGUGUCCAAAGAUACUGAGCCAAGUCCUGGAUCCAGUCCCCAGGCGCUGACCCCCAAGGUGGUCAGGAGGCCAGGCAUGUCAGGACUGGAGAACUCCAAGACCAGUGCUCUGCAUGCUGAGCUCCUCAAGCCCAGCGUCUUUCCAGCCUUGGGGGCCGCCGGAGAGGAAUGCAGAGCUCGCCGAAACAAACACUCGGACUCGGUCCGUGAGAGGGGAAAGUUCCAGAAACCCAAACCGGCUCCCCCUCCGCCACCUGCCAACACCAAAACAGGCAGGACAUCCCGCAGUCCCACCCAGGACCUCCCCUCCCCUUCGUCAGAAGGCAAAGUUAAGGGCCUCCCCCCUGCCUCUGACUCCCAACACACAACCACUGCCAGUGAGCAUGGCCGCUCCCCCCUCAGCGAGGCCCCCAAGAAGCUACCCCUGGGCUGCAACUCCAAACCUCAACCGCUCAAGACCUCCACCUCGCUGAGCAGCUCCCUCGGGGGCGAUGCGGGCGUGCCCACUGCCUUCAUCCCCCUGGUGAACACCCGUCGCUCCCUCCGCAAGACAGCACCCCGUCAGGCCUCGGAGCGCACGCCCAACUCGGCGGUGACGCGUGAGAUGGUGCUGGAUGGCGCCGAGCAGCUCCGCGCCGCCAUCUGCCGCAACUCGGAGCAGACUGGUAGCCACGGCGCCGUUCUGGAGGCCGGCAAGAACCUGUCCAAGUUCUGCGUGAGCUACGUGGACUCCAUCCAGCAAAUGAGGAACAAGUUUGCCUUCCGCGAGGCCAUCAACAAGCUGGAGAGCAGCCUGCGUGAGCUGCAGAUCUGCCCCGCCGCCUCUGGGGGCGCCAACGCUCAGCAGGACUUUAGUAAGCUGCUGUCCUCUGUCAAAGAGAUCAGCGACAUUGUUCAGAGGUAGCGUUGUUAAAUCCUCGCAUAUCAAUUGAAACCUUUUUGGGGGGGCUCAAGCGUGCGCAUGAACUGCGCUCCAUGUUGGAGAGCUGAGUGCCCUGGUUGAUCCUCCUUAUCCCAUCUGGGCUUGUUGUGAAUGGAAGCCAAGGAACGUGCAGGAGCUGGCCUUAACUAUGAAUGAGCAAUGUGCUCAACAUCACGCUUGAAAAAGGUGCCUGAUAUUUGCAUUGUUUAGGCUGCCUUCACACCUGUGGUUCUGUUGCGCGCACUUUGGUGCGGUUGGCUUGACUUUCACACUGGUAUUUUGUCAUGGGACCAAAGACUGUGCAGUAAAGAACAUAUGGUAUGCGUUGAGUAAGGAUUUAAUUGGACAGUGUUUGUGACAUGUUAAGAUACAUAACUCAAAUAUUCCAAACCAAAAUACAGCUAACUUGGAUACUAUUUUCAUCUUCUGCUAUGUUUACCAGUCUAGAUUUCAUCAAAAGCUUCUAAAAUAUACUUUUAAAGAGCUCUAUUGUCACACACAGAGAACUUCAAACGCAUUUUACUUUUCACGUUUGUCAUUUCUGCAUGGUUUUUGUUGCCGUUUUAACACUGGUCCGUGUAGCGCUCACAUUUGAGCUCAAGUGAACCGAACCGCACCAGAGUCCCGAGCCAAGUCGGUAUCCGCUUGUUUAGUGCACACCUGGGUUGACGGAAAGAAGCGUAUCUAGCAGAGAAAACGCACUAGAGUUUCUUUUAACGCACCCCGUAGUUAACGUUUUGAACAAAAACAGCGUGCCUUUCACUUCAUAGUCCCAACAUUUCCGAUUUGAUUUGUGCACCGCUAAGUCCAUUAAGUAUUUUCUAUGUACUGUGCGAAUGCAUUUUCUAAGAAAAAAAAAGUGGUAAUUUGCUGCAGCAUUUGCGACCACGUGCCAUACAAGAAUGGAAGUAGGUAUGUUUGUGUGCCUUUUUUAAAGACCGUUUUUUAUCAUGCCAAAAAAAAAAUUCCCUGACGUGUACUGGGGGAGGGACCACAAAGAUGCAGAAAAUGCAACCUUUUUGACUUUUUUAAAAUACAUGCCAGUUUAUUAAAAGCCAUCAGUAGCAGCUUGAAGAGAUGACAGACUGAAAGUGUUUCAAGCAAAUGUCUCCUUGGGGAAACACUGGACUGAACGUUGAAUGGAUCUGUCACGUGCUGUCUUAAAUUCUACAAAUGUUCAUGUGUGUGAUUGUGAAGCCCAAGGACUCAAAACCACAAUUUGGAUGUGGUACUGUCACUUUUUUUUUUUUUUUAACCCCCAAAUUCCACCACCAUACCACUACUCCUCUGUGUAAAUAUGUUUUCUUAUUCUUUCUUUAGCCCCGUGCAAUUGUUGUUGCAAUAAAAUUACAAAUCAAAGUCAUUGCUUGCGUGUUCCUCAAAACACCAGAAACAGAUGGACAUCAUCAACAG